AUGGCACGUGCACAGCUUAACCUUGAACAGCUACAUCCAUGUCAAAUACAGCUUGAGCGCCUUCCGCCCUUGUUUUUCUUUCUUUCCAACUUGGUUCCGGGGCUUGAACUUAUUUCGAAAGGACUGCCGCUCGGUAUAAAAGGAAACGAGACGGUCCGCAACUGGGAUCCGCCUUUCGUUCCCACUUGCUCGAUGGUGGCCGAGGCCCCGCCCACAUAUACGGACUCUGUCGUUGUUGACCCACCUGGCAGCGAACACGAAAACGACGCGGAGUGUCCUUCCCCAAUAACAGAGCAAGACGAGGACGUUGUUUCUGCUCGUUUGAGACCAGACUCGCUUUCUCCAUCGACUCUGGUAACUCCACGACGGCGGCCGACAACUGCGACGGAUGCGAGUACAGUGGCGGAAGUGCGGCUGUCGCUGUUUCCGGACCACAAGAUUUUUCAGCCCAGCCGCGCUUCUUCGACCUACCGGAGGGAUUCGGCGGUUUCAGCCGAUGCAACCGCCACUGCCCCAGCCACGACAACACCCAAUCCAACCAACUUCGUCUCCGUCUUCCGCAAAACCCACAAGCGCGCGUUUUCGUUCGGCGUUGGCGCUUCGCGGUCAAUUAAAGGCAGCUUCGCAGUAAACCCGUUCUUGGACAUUCCCGGCCAUUUGCUCGCACCGCUGGGCUCCGGGGAGACAACGCGGAAGAACUUGCGGCUCAAGGUGGAGAAUGGCGGUAUUGAUGUAGACGUGUACCUUGUCGGGGAGCCAACGCAGCACAACACGGGGCCAGUCAAGCGGACAGAGCUGCAUUUUGAACUGUGUGGAGGGUUUUCUUCAAGCCCGCUCCUCGCUCGCAUCCACACCCCCACGCUGCGCCGCCCGCCAGUCCACAUUUCCCUCGUCUCCCAAAAUGGUUUUGUCUCGCUGCAUCUCCCGCUAUCCUUCCACGGCCUGCUCCGCGUCAGCAUCGCCGCCGGCGACCUCAACGACCACAUCACGCUCUCUGCGGCGCUAGCACCGCAUACAACCAUCCUCGCGGAGGACGCGACGUCACGUGCGUAUUUUGUCGGCUCGCUCGGCGCGGGCCGGUGGGAGGGCGACCGGGCGGAGGUGGACGCGAAGAGCGGGAGAGUCCGCGUACAGUUCAGUGGUGAUGUGGAGCGGGACUUGGAUGGGCUGAGACGCGUAGGUUGGGAACUGAUGGGAUUGUAA